AUGGGCUCGUGGGCAAGAGAAAGAAAAAGCUGCACUAGAAAAGACUUGGCGAAAAGCGAUAGGAUUCACGAGAAAAGGAAAAGAAAGCCAAAAAUAGCGCAGAUCAUGACGACCACAAGUAUGGCUAACUACAAGAGUUGUGAUGAACUCUGUCAUCUAUUCCAAGGCCAGGGAGGGCCUGUAUUUAUAGUUUACAGGAAGCGUGACAGAUGUGACAUAAACUACAUAAAUGUUAGACUCUACGGAACUGCGGAGUCUGCGGAGUCGAAGGGACCUUGGCCUCAACGUAUUGCGUUGUGCCCACGCUGGUGGUAUAUGGUCCAACCCGAAAGGAGAGGGGAGGAGAGGGAGAGAGAGACGCGCCUUACGGCGGAAGACGAGGAGAGAGGGGAGAGAGCCUUGCGGAGUGGAAUCAGGAGCACUGUGCGGAAAUGCGGAAUACUCUGGAUAUACUCUGGGACAAGUCUGGGACAAGAGAAGAAACUGAGUCAUAAGAAAUGCGGAAUACCGCGGAAUGCGAGGAAGAUGAGUAAGACGAUUCCAAAGAACAAUAGCAAAGCAAGGAAGGGAGUCAUAAAGAAGUAUAAGAGGUCACAUGCAGAGUCUGGGCGCCUAGAGGGCGGUUACGAGGUUUCUCCGCGCGGUCCGCACCGGCCCUCAGUUGCGGGCCGUGUCGGUCCGCUGGUACUUGCGGGCUGCGGACUUGCGGAUGCGGACAUCCAUAGAGCGGACACAUGCGGGGAGUCCGCAUGUGCAGGAGUGGGAUGGAGGUGCGGAGAUGUGGGAGAUGCGGGAUGCGGAGAGAUGAUGGCGAGUGCGGGGAUGUGCGGAGAUGUGCGGGGUCAUGCGGGAUCAUGUGAGACUGUGCGGGGGGUGUGGGUCAAGGCUGGUGGGUUGUGGGUAGAUGUGGGUGGAUGUGGGUGGAUGUUCGAGACCCUAACAAUAAAUAUGGAAGGUGUGACGGAUAAGAUAAGAUAA